GGAUUCAUGUCUCGUAUAUCCCUUUUUGAUUUCACUGUCAAUCGAAAAGGUUUCAACAAACGUUAUUGUUUUUCAAUGUUUUUACAAAGGCGUGAAGGAGAUGUGGCAUAUGCACCUCAAACAGAGAGUGGGCCCCUAUGAAUACUAAUGCCUGGAUCAUUUCAUAGAACAAUGACCUUGGAUCAGUGCAUUUCCCCUCCACACCCCCAUCUCUCUGAUGUGCAUGGGGGAUCUGAGGACUGGUAACGGCAGGGUCAUCAAAGGGCAGCUGUCCACUAUAAAAGCUGUGUCUGGCGGUCAGACUGCUCAAAGCAUCAGUACACACCAGGACCAGCUGGGCGAAGCAGGCUUGUGUCUCACAUUUUCAAGCGAAGCCUAACUUUACGGAAAGACGUUACGGGUGACCGAUCGCUGUUACAAAGGAUGGGAAGUUUUGCACAAUGGGUUCUUUGCGCGUGCUUUUUCUGCUUCUCCCGGCUUGUCAGCCCGAUGCACGAGAGGCACGAGCCUCGGUUUCAUAAGAGCCUGAACAAUUCAGAGUCUGGACACGUGAGCACAGCUUUCCAUCCUAACAGGUACCCGCUCUAUAUGAUGCAGUUGUACCGCUCCUUCAAAACUUCGGGUUCUCCACAGUCCCUGGCUGUCAAGCCCGUGAGCGCACACAGUGACAGGUCCACUCUACGCGAUUCUGACUCCGUACUCAGUCUUAUUGCAAAAGGUUGCCAUCAAGUGGAAAAUAAAUGGACCGUUACCUUUGACAUGUCCUCCAUCUCCACCGCAGACGACAUACAGCUGUCCGAACUUCGGAUCAGACUACCGGCUUUUUCCGCCUCCAAACGCGUCACCGUAGACAUUUAUCACUCUGGCAAGCAGGACUGUGAACCGAGGAGCGCUCCAUGCCCGGAGGAGCAGGACUGUGAACCGAGGAGCGCUCCAUGCCCGGAGGAGAAGCUGCUCCUGGGGAGUUUUGGAGCGUCCCCCGGUGAUGCGAAGUCCACCUGGAAGGUAUUCAACGUCACCGCCUUAUUAAAGUACUGGCUGCACCAGGGAGACACGCUGGCGAGGUCUGAGGCGACAGUGAAGGAUAUGAUGGAGGCAGAACACGGUAGUGGGGUGGAGGAGGACCGGGAGGUGGUGGGCAUGCCCCGUCGUGGACAUAUGGGUGAGAGGCACAGCAAGCGUCAUCUUACAACUGACCGGGUCAUGAUGGUCAUCUUCUCCAAGCACAACCUGCAUCAAGACGGCCAUAACGUGUCCACCCUCAUACACACUGUUGAGCGCUCCAAAUACGUCACCAUGGACCGGGUCAGCGGUGGACCGAACGGCCGACGCCACAAGAGAAACCGGAUGGAAAGGGUACGGUUGGGCGGUGUAAUUGCUGCCACUGCGUCUCCGUCUGAAGCAGUCCAGCGGCUGUUAUGUCGGAAGGUGGACAUGUGGGUUGAUUUCGAGCAGAUCGGUUGGAACGAGUGGAUCGUCUACCCAAAGCGCUACAAUGCUUUCAGGUGUGAAGGAGAAUGUCCCACACCGGUUGACGAGUCCUUCCAGCCCACUAACCAUGCAUACAUGCAGAGCCUGUUGAGACUCUACCAUCCCGAGAGGGUGUCUUGUCCCUCCUGCGUGCCCACGCGCCUCAGCCCGCUGUCCAUGCUGUACUACGAGAACGACGACGUGGUCUUGAGACAUCACGAGGACAUGAUCGUGGAAGAGUGCGGUUGUCAUUGACGACCCGUACACAAACCGAUUAAACACUUAAGGACACACGAAUAUUAUUUAUUUUUAUCACUUGGUUAUUUGUUGAUGCUGCUGUCAGUGAUCCAAGAUACUUAUUGUACCAUUUGAUGAUACUACU